AUUUCUCUGGCAUGUCUCAAUCUUCCCAUUGAAGUACGAUACCAUCCCGAGAACCUGUAUAUUGUCGGCCUCGUCCCGGGACCAAAGGAGCCAACUCUCACCGCAUUGAAUCAAUAUAUCCGGCUUGUCGUUGAUGACAUGCUUGUCGGAUGGCACGAUGGUUUCUAUCUGCUCCGUACGUCGCUUCACGAAAACGGCCGCCUCAUACGGACAGCCAUCGCCAACGCUGUCUGCGAUCUACCCGCGGCUCGAAAGACCGCGGCACUGGCUGCGUCCACCUCCAGAAUAUUUUGCAGUGUAUGCGAUUGCUGGCAUCCGAUAGAUCCCAAGGAUAAGACGUGGCGCUGCACCAAACUGGGACGGGUGGAUUACGAGCAGUGGAAUCGAAGAGAUGUCGACGAGAUGUGCGCAGCAGCGGAGCGUUGGAGAGACGCCUCGUCUCCGGAAGAGCGGAAACUGAUCUUCAAGGAGACCGGCGUACGUUGGUCUGAUCUGUGGCGCCUGCCGUACUGGGACCCCACUCAGCAAUUGGUCGUCAAUGGGAUGCAUUGCCUUCUAGAGGGUAUCGCUAGUUUUCACUACAUCAACGUGCUCGGU